GGUUGGUUCAGGGAGCGGCGUUGGGCACGUUGGUUUCGCGGGCGGAACCGUUGAUUUUAUUUCUUUCUGAACUCCGCCAAUGCAAGCUAUUUGUUACAAGCUUGUUAUUGCGAGCAUUUCCUCUCUCAGCCUUACAACUGGAAACGACGGAUAGAGAAAUCUGCUGGUGCAGCCGAAGUAAAAAAAAAGCGCGAGUGUCUCGAUGGAAAUAUGAAUGUUUUUCACACUAUCUGAGGGAUUAAUUACCUGUUACCAUGACAACCAACCAUCAUACUCAUCUGCCUGAUGUCCUUCCAGACUGCACUGGCUUAGUUCCUUUGGUGAAAACGGUGGAUGACUCUGCUGCUGCAGUGAAUGGGCAGCCACAGUUCGUGAUGCAGGUUUCUGCGAAAGACAGGCAGCUGCUGUCAACAACUGUGGUCAAAACGCUAAAUACGCACGGUGCAUUCAAUGACCGGCCUAUGUGUAGGAUCUGUCAUGAAGGCAGCAAUCAGGAAGAUCUACUCUCUCCUUGUGAGUGUACUGGGACUCUAGGAACUAUUCAUAGGAGUUGCUUAGAACACUGGCUUUCUUCUUCAAACACCAAUUACUGUGAACUCUGCCACUUCAAGUUUUCAGUGGAACAGAAACCUCGACCAUUAAUAGAGUGGCUGAGAAAUCCAGGCCCGCAACACGAGAAGCGGACCUUGUUCGGAGACAUGGUGUGCUUUCUGUUUAUAACCCCUCUGGCCACAAUCUCGGGCUGGUUGUGUUUACGGGGCGCAGUUGACCAUCUACACUUCAGCAGCCGCUUGGAAGCGAUUGGACUCAUUGCCUUAACUGUUGCACUCUUUACUAUUUAUCUCUUUUGGACACUAGUUUCAUUCCGUUACCACUGCCGGUUGUAUAAUGAGUGGCGUCGAGCUAAUCAGAGAGUAAUAUUGCUUAUCCCAAAGACAUCAGAUGCAUCAUCUACUCAACAAUUGCUUCUUGGUCAGCAUCCAGUGAAGAGGAACUCAAAAGAGACAAUUGUGUAACCUUAGCCAAUGUCACAAUUCUGGAUUUAAAAUUGAGUUUUAACCAUAUAGUCAUUUAGGAUGUAACCUUUCUUCAGAAUAUAUCCUAACUUCCGUGUUUUAUCAUUUUAUCAUUGUAAAUAUGAAAAAAAUAAUUUUGUUCAUGUGAAGUGGAACACAAGUGCAACAGUUUCUAGGUCAAAUCACAUAAUUGCGGUUAUUUUACAGGAAAGGACAGCCAUGCAUUAGGCUUGUGCUAUGGAAGCAUUUUCUGUACUGCAAGAUGUUAUUUCACAUUUCUGAAACCCACAAGUCCUUGAGCAUCCUCACCUCAACUAAGUUUUAAUAAUGGGUAGCCAUUUAAUACUAAAAUGAGGAAAAAAUUCUCUAUUAGUGUUGGCGAAUCUGAAAUUCUUUUCUCUCGAGGGGUGUCGAGGCUGUUAUUUUCAUUUAAAAUAGCUGUGAAUGUCUUUCUGAAUGCUAAGGGAAAAUUGAGUGACAUGGAUCCAGUGCAAGAAAACAUUAUUAAGGAGAUGAUCAGCCACAAUCGUCAUGAUUCUUUGACUGGGGGGGGGGGGGGGGGGAGAAGAUCCCUUCUUACUACCUUCCCCCCCAACUGAGUCCAGCUGUUGUAACUUCACAGGUGACCUUCACACCCAGCCCAGGACUGAGCCAUGCAUAGUGUACUGCCAUUGUGCAGCUCUGAAGCCAUGGUCUCACACUACAGUAUUUAAACUGUGGGUCCACAACCAAAACUUUCACUGCCAUAUUGCACAGUGAUGAUUUAAUGCUAAAACUUUUUAAUAACUUAUGAAAUACAGGUGACUUACCAAAAAAAAGUGUAAUCUUUGUCACAACUAUGAACAUAAAUUUCACCAAGAAUGAAUUGGUGGUAAAUAUUAAAUAUUUAUUUGCUACAUGAAAAUGAAUGUUAAUUGGAUUCUUUUUAUCCUCAUUGAUCUUUAUACUUGAUGUUGCUGUGAAUUUGAUGUCAUAUUUCAAAAGUUGUAAUUUUACUCUAAUUUUUUUUCUAUAAAAGAUUUGGAAAUGUUUUCUGAACAUAGAAUCUUGCUGUCCAAUUUAAAUUUAAAUUGAGUAAAAUUGUUUAACCGUUCUGUUCACAGUAUCACCAUGAAUUAGACAUUUAAGUAAUUUCUUUAAUCCUUACCUUCAGUUAGCAACUGCAUUCCCUUUUAGUUUGCUUACUAAAUGUUUAGCUGAUGUAAUAAUUUUAAUGUUGGAAAUUUAUUUUAUGUACGUACACACAAGUGGUGCAGAUCUCAGAACUGAUGUUCCUAAUUAGUUCAAAAAUUCUGAAAAACCUUGUGUUGGUUCCUAUUAUAUGUGUGAUUAUACUGAAAUGCAAUUUCUCUUAGUAUUUAUUCUACUACUACAAAAUUAACCCAAAUGCAUUUGGUUUAGCAUAAGCUCCCGUUAUGCCUUUGUGCUUAUACAUCAUUCAUUAUUUUAUCCAUGUAACUAAUUCAGUGUUCAGCUUUAUUCCCCACUAGAGGUAUGUCAUUUUUAGAAGAGCAUAAUAGCCUGAACUGAAAGUGGAUUUUCAUAGUUUGAGAUAAAAAUUGGUAGAUAUUAGUACUCAAUUUCCAAAUUUGUGAACUUCACAAUUACUUUAUGGAAUGAUGAAUUGUCCAUAAUCAAAGUAAUAAAAAGGUGGAACAAACAUUCAGGACAGGUAGUUCAGACACAUUGAUUUCACAUUAUAUCUAAUUAAUUGUCUACCUACAAGUAGCUAAAUUUGAUACCUACCUAAUAUAGAGAUUAAAAGUUAAAUUUGCAAAACAAGGGAUAACAGCAAGAAGGAAAGGAGUUAAGUUCCCUUGUAAGUACAAGUGUUGACUCGCAACACUGAACUGCUACCUCCAGGAAAGUAUUAGUAAAAAAAAAGUGAUACUCUUAAAUCAGGUAAGAGUUUAAGAAUAUUUCCACUUUAAUGUUUUAAAAUAAACACUGUUUUAGGGUGCUAAGGUGAAGGAGGUGAAGAGGAAAAACAGAACUUUCAUGGUAAUUUUCCAAAAGUGUGGAUCAAACAUGUGGUCAUAACUUAAAUACCUGGAUACCUUGAUUGAAGUUGCUGUGGAGAAUACCAGUUUUGUGCGAGUAUUUUCUCCUUCCUUGUGGUUUACUUGUACAAAUGUAAUAUUAUAUCUUUUUAUUAACCAGAAAUUAAAAUUAAGUAUAAUUUGUAUUAAUCAUUAAGAGUCCUUAGAAAACAGGAAGCAAUUUAUUGUUUGGAACAAUAUUUGUUGGAACCAUUGAAUGAGAAAACCAUGAGAUAUUACAAUAUUUACAAAAUAAAGAGCAUGAGGAAUUGUUUACUCUUGCUCAUCUUGAUGAACUGCA